AGUUUGAUCCGUGCGAACUUCCUCUGUGAGAGCAGUUGAACGGGUCGGUGCAGCCACAGCCUUCGCGCACGACGAGUGAUCCACGUCGCAGCGACUGAUAACGACCUGUGAAAAAACGGCGCCUGGCGCGUUUGGAUGGACUCCCUUGUCUCGUCUUUAUGGAUCCUCGGGGCUUCUCUCCUCGGGGUUUGAACACUGCUCGCUCGUCGUCAACACUGCACGGCCGGAGAGACUAACUGUGGCCAAGACGAGACUCUCCCCCCCGGACAGGAGCCAUUGCGCACAGGCAUUUGACGACUGCAGCAGCUACAACCCAGACUUCUUCUUCUUCUUCUUCUUCUUCUUCUGUUUGUUUUUUGUUUUCUUCUCCCAUUUCCCCUCGGCUGCUGUCAUCGUAGCAUGUCUGCACUUCGAAAGAAAUUUGGGGACGACUAUCAGGUAGUGACCACCUCCUCCAGCGGGUCUGGAUUCGCCCAGCCUCCCCCCGAGAAGAAGAAGAAGCGGCAGCGGUUCGUGGACAAGAACGGCCGAUGCAACGUCCAGCAUGGGAACCUGGGCGGGGAGACCAGCAGGUACCUGUCGGACCUGUUCACCACGCUGGUCGACCUGAAGUGGCGCUGGAACCUGUUCAUCUUCAUCCUCACCUACACGGUGGCCUGGCUCUUCAUGGCCUCGAUGUGGUGGUGCAUCGCCUACAUCCGGGGCGACCUCCACCGCGCGCACAACGACAAGUACACGCCGUGCGUGGCCAACGUGUACAACUUCCCCUCCGCCUUCCUCUUCUUCAUCGAGACCGAGGCCACCAUCGGAUACGGCUACAGAUACAUCACGGACAAGUGCCCCGAGGGCAUCAUCCUGUUCCUCUUCCAGUCGAUCCUGGGCUCGAUCGUGGACGCCUUUCUGAUCGGCUGCAUGUUCAUCAAGAUGUCUCAGCCCAAGAAGAGGGCCGAGACGCUGAUGUUCAGCGAGCACGCCGUGAUUUCCAUGCGCGACGGGAAACUGACUCUCAUGUUCCGGGUCGGCAACCUGCGUAACAGCCACAUGGUCUCUGCGCAGAUCCGCUGCAAGCUGCUGAAAUCUCGCCAGACGCCCGAAGGCGAGUUUCUUCCGCUGGAUCAGCUGGAGUUGGACGUGGGCUUCAGCACCGGGGCGGACCAGCUCUUUCUCGUCUCACCGCUCACGAUCUGCCACGUGAUUGACACCAAAAGCCCCUUCUACGAAUUGUCCCAGAGGUCCAUGCAAACGGAGCAGUUUGAAAUUGUGGUGAUACUGGAAGGGAUAGUCGAGACCACAGGGAUGACCUGCCAAGCGAGGACGUCUUACACCGAGGACGAGGUUCUGUGGGGACACCGCUUCUUCCCGGUCAUCUCCUUGGAGGAGGGCUUCUUCAAGGUGGACUACUCUCAGUUCCACGCCACGUUCGAGGUGCCCACCACUCCUUACAGCGUGAAGGAGCAGGAGGAGGCUCUGCUCCUCUCUUCGCCGCUCAUGGCUCCGUCCCUGUGCAACAGCGGGGAGAAAAACAGCUCCCUGGACUGCCUGGAGACGCUGGAGGACAAUGACAGCACCACCAAGCUGCCCGCCAAGCUCCAGAAGAUCACCGGCCGGGAAGGCCUGCCCAAGAAGCUGCUACGGAUGAGCUCCACCACCUCAGAGAUGACUUACAGCUUUGGAGACCUGCCCAUGAAGUUGCAGCGAAUCAGCUCAGUUCCCGGUGUCUCUGAUGACAAGCAGGCCGGUAGGGCCUCCAGGAUCAGCUCAGAGCCCAUGAGUAAGUCAGUGGCGGACCUGCCCCCCAAGCUGCAGCGACUGGCUGGGGGAGGUGGGGGCAGGAUGGACGGACACCUACCGCCCAAACUCAGAAAGAUGAAUUCAGAUCGCUUCACAUAAGGCAGGCGACAUAACUUAUGCCAUCCACCUUCAUGUCCCUACCUGAAGUCCUUGUACUAUUCCUAAUUUAUUAAUGAACAAUAUUCUUAUAUUAAAAGGAAAUGUAGAAUAUGUGCACAAAUACCCUAUAUGAAGUAGGGUGAUGGAAUUGAGCACAUUUGUCCCUGGACGUAAGUGUACGUGCUGCGACGAAAGAUCUCUGACUUUUUUUUCAGGAUGAUGUACAAUUAGCACAAUCUGGCAUGUAAGAAACAGCGCAUGUAGAACCGAAUCUCAGUAAUUUCUGGCAUGUCACUUAUUGAUAUAUUACUUUACAAAAAAACAAUUUCAUUGGUAAAUUGACUGACAGUUGAAAAAUUGCACAAAGCCAUACGAUUUACAACGUGGAAAACUUUACAUUACAUGGUUCUAAGUUGUGGUGGCGAAAGGCACACACAUUUUUUUUCAGUUGCUUGCUUUUGUUGUUUAGUGUAAAAAUUGUGGCAAUGUUAUGUUGAUUGCAUGCUCCUCUUAUUGACUUAGCUAUACAAAGGUAAUAGACAAAGAUGUUUAGCCUUAACUAUAUUACCUUGUUUCCAUUUUCAUGUUUGUUCACAGCAGUAUUUUUGGUAUUUCAAAUAUAGACUAUUUUACCAUGUGCAAUUUUAUGAUUUCAUCCAUUGAUCAAAUACGGAAUAUGUUGCCAGAUGAUGUGUUUUGCAUUUUGAAAAUGCCUUAUCUGCAUCAUAUGACCUGUCUGAACUGGGCACAAUGCUACACAAUUUCACCUGCUUAUUAAAGUAACACUUAAGUUGAAAGAGUCAAUAAUUGUACUUGAUAAGCACAAAUCAAUCAUUAUACUAUACGCUAUGAUAUUAUAAAGCAUUUAUGGGCAUUCUUUCAUAAAUAAACUGCGUAGGGCAGUAGUUCGGUACUGUGCAGUCACUUUAUAUCAUUACAGUCAGUUUAAUCUGCAGUGGGCCUGUGUAGUCAUAUGAGACACCAUUAGAAUUUCAACUUAGGUGUUACUAGGUUUAGAGGUGGGCCUGUAAGGAGAACAUAGGCUCCACGUCCUCUCUCCUCUGUGAUGAAAGCAAUAAUAUUAUAAUGACUAUAAUCUUGAUAUAGCCACAGGAUCUACCACAGCCCCAGAUUCAUUCUGUUUACUGAAUCAAUGCCAUAAAAUCUGGUUUCCUCCAAAUGGAUCAAAGACAUUGUAUGAUGCCCCAUCUUUUCAGGAAUAAAGAUCUAACAUAACUGGUAA